UGCCCCAUCUGGACAGUGCGGUUGUAAUGAAUGGAGCGCUGCUGUGAGGGAGUCGGAGCGCAGCGCCGUUGAUGCUCCGUCUCUGGUUUCAGCCUCCCGGCAGGUCCGCGUCUCGGCCAGCCUUCCGCCGUGUUCAAGUCGAGCUUCAGACAUGGCUUUCCUGCGCUUUUCCCGUGCAGUCUGGACGAACUGGACGCAAUGCCUGGUGUUUUUUCACCUCUUCUGCUUCUCCACACAUAGCAAAAGUCCACUUUUGACUAAUUGCGCUGACUAUCCUGCACACAGAGAGCAGUCGGCUCUUCUUCAGUCGCUCAAUUUACCUCAACAUACAGAAUAUGAGAUUGUGACUCCAUAUGAAGUCAACCAGCGGGGCGUGUACAUCUCUCAUGAAAUAGCGCACCAUAAGCGCAGGAGGAGACGUAGAUCGCUGAGUCCAGAUGCAGACUCCCCCAGCAGCGGUGAGACGGUGCACUUCCGGCUGAGCGGCUUGGGGCAGGACUUCCACAUGGAGCUGAGCGAGGCCUCGGAAAGCCUCAUCGCACCUGGUUUCACUAUCCAAGUCCUGGGAAAGAACGGCACCGAGAGCCUCAGGGCCUACCACCAGGACGACCUCUGCUUUUACCAGGGGUCGCUGAGGUCAAAGGUCAACUCCUCAGUGGCACUGUCCACAUGCAUGGGGAUGUCAGGUUUGAUACGAACAGAGGAUACCGACUACUUCCUCAGACCAGUGUCAUGGGGCCUCGCACAGAAGGAGAACUUCAGCGCACCCACCAGUCACCAGCCACACAUCCUCUACAAAAGUGACGGGGAUCUCCGGACAAAGCAGAAGCACCUUCAGUCCCGGGUGAAGAGGUCCGCAGAUGCAUCUCAUCACAAAUCACAGGGACACGUCCCUUCAAAGACAGCCUCUGCGUUUGAAACGGUCAACGAAGAUCAAUAUAAGCUCACGCAGAGACGGCAAAGUGACAACAAUGAUGGAUCAAAGCAUCAUGGAGGCAGUGAUUACAGACAUGGGGAGAAGCAGAGGCAACACUUCUGUGGGAGAAGGAAGAAAUAUAUGCCCAAACCUCCAGAGGAGGAUGUUUUAGUGCUCCUGGAUGAGUACAAGUUUAUCCCCAGAAACAAACGGGCCGUGCUUAUGAAGAAUCAGGCCAGUCAGAAGCUCAAUGUGGAGACACUGGUGGUGGUGGACAAAAAGAUGAUGGAAAAUCACGGCCACGAGAACAUCACCACCUACGCUCUUACAGUGUUGAACAUGGUCUCCAGUCUGUUCAAAGAUGGCACAAUCGGAGGAAAUAUCAACAUUGUCAUAGUGGGCCUCAUCCUUCUGGAUGAAGAGCAGGAUGGCUUGGUGAUCAACCACCAUGCAGAUCACACGCUGAACAGCUUCUGCCACUGGCAGUCAACUCUCAGAGGCAGAGAGGGCCGACACCAUGACCACGCCAUCCUCCUCACAGGAUUCGACAUCUGUUCUUGGAAGAAUGAACCAUGUGAUACUCUCGGCUUUGCCCCAAUUAGCGGGAUGUGCAGCAAGUACCGGAGUUGCACCAUAAAUGAAGACACUGGCCUCGGACUGGCGUUCACUAUCGCCCACGAAUCUGGACACAAUUUUGGAAUGGUCCACGAUGGUGAAGGCAACGUAUGCAAAAAGUCAGAGGGCAACAUCAUGUCUCCGACGUUAGCCGGCCACAAUGGCAUCUUCUCUUGGUCGCCUUGCAGCCGCCAGUAUCUCAGUCGAUUUCUCAAUACUGCCCAGGCUUUGUGCCUAUCAGACGAACCAAAGGCAGUCAAGGAGUAUCAGUACCCAGAGAAGCUGCCGGGCGAGAUGUACGAUGCAGACACGCAGUGCAAGUGGCAGUUUGGGGAGAAGGCCAAGCUAUGCACCCUCGAUUUUAAAAAGGAUAUCUGCAAGGCUCUGUGGUGCCACCGUGUUGGGAGGAAGUGUGAGACCAAAUUCAUGCCAGCUGCUGAGGGCUCUGCCUGCGGCCCCAAUAUGUGGUGUCGCAGGGGCCAGUGUGUGAAACAGGGUGACGAGGGCCCGAAGCCCCAGCACGGCCACUGGUCGUCGUGGUCGUCGUGGUCCACCUGCUCCCGGAGCUGCCAGAGCGGAGUCACGUCCCGCGAGAGGCAAUGCAACAACCCCAGACCUGUAUAUGGUGGGAAGUUCUGCGAGGGUUCUCCCAAGUUGUACCAGCUCUGCAACACAGAGGCCUGUCCCCCCAACACCUCCGACUACCGAGCACAACAGUGCGCUGAGUUCAACAGCAAGCAGUUCAGAGGCUGGUACUACACCUGGAGACCGUACACCAGAGUCGACGAUCAAGAUCUAUGUAAGCUUUACUGCUUUGCUGAAGGUUAUGACUUUUUCUUUGCCCUGGCCAGCAAAGUAAAGGAUGGGACACUUUGCUCAAAGGACAGCUAUAAUGUCUGUAUCGACGGACUAUGUGAGAAAGUGGGCUGUGACCACGUCUUAGGCUCCUCAGCUGUACCCGAUGCUUGCGGGGUUUGUAAAGGAGACAACUCCACCUGCAAGAUCCACAGAGGACUGUACACAAAGCAGCACUUUACUAACCAGUACUACGGGGUGGUAACCAUCCCAGCAGGAGCUCAGAGUAUCCGUGUGGUGGAACUGAAUACGUCCGGCUCCUACCUGGCUGUCAGGGACACCCAGAGACGCUACUACCUUAACGGCCACUGGACGGUGGACUGGCCCGGUCGGCACCCCAUGGCAGGAACCACCUUUGAUUACAAGAGGCCGUAUAACAGACCAGAGAGCCUCAUAUCCAGUGGCCCUACUAAUGAGUCACUAGUUGUAGAGAUAUUGUUGCAGGGCUGGAAUCCAGGUGUGCAGUGGGAAUAUACUCUAAUGAACACUGAGCUGAUGAAGAAACACAAUUACACAUGGGCCAUCAUUCGCUCCCAGUGCUCAGCUACAUGUGGCGGAGGCCAUAUGAGCACCAAGGCGGCAUGCUACAAAGACUUGAGAGUGCAGGUGAAUGUGUCGUACUGCAAUCCCAGAUCAAGACCGGCGACUGGAGCGAUGCCGUGCAACAUCCACGCGUGCCCUGUCAGCUGGUCCGUAGGAGAGUGGGGAGCAUGCAGCCGGAGCUGCGGAGGAGGGGAGCAAAUACGGAGGGUCCAGUGUGUUCGGAUAACCAGCCAGACCGGCGUAGACAUCCUGGAGGACUCUCACUGUGCCCAGCCUGCCCCUGCGAGGAGGCGAGCCUGCAGCUCACACAGCUGUCCACCAGUCUGGACCACCGGGCCCUGGUCACAGUGUUCACGCAAGUGUGGUAACGGUGUGAAGAAGAGGACCGUGCUGUGCACUAGUACCAGUGCAAGCGCUCAGACUCGCACGCUGCCAGACGGCGAGUGUGCAGGCCUUCAGAAACCCGCCAGCCAAGAGCCCUGCUUCGUCAAACGCUGCCAGAAACAGCGCAAGGUCCAGUGGUUUGUCUCCACAUGGCAGGAGUGUUCUGCAACAUGUGGUCACGGCUAUCAGGCACGCUUCAUCAAGUGUGCAGAGAAGGACACUGCCGGAAAAUACAGGGAACUUGCUGCCAAGAAGUGCCACCACGUCCCCAGGCCCACAGUGGAUCUUCAGAGGCCCUGCAUCCUGGCUGAGUGCCCUGCCCGCACAACCUCCCCGGCCCACAGAUGGAGGAUGCUCCCUCAUCCCCUCCCUCAUCCCCUCCCUCACCAUCUACCUCCGCCAGAGUGGCACCCAUCUCCUUGGUCUCAGUGUUCUGUGACGUGUGGAGGAGGGGUCCAGGCCAGGACAGUCCAGUGUAAGGUCCAGGGGACGCCUUCUUCCGGCUGUGCCACGCAUCUUAAACCCUCAGUGUCCCAGGCUUGCAAUACCAACUUCUGCCCACAACCGGAGAAGAAAGACUAUGCAUGUCGGGAUUACUUCAGCUGGUGUUACCUGGUGCCGCAGCACGGCGUCUGCAACCACAAGUUCUAUGGCAAGCAGUGCUGUCAGUCCUGUUCGAAUUCAAAUCUAUAAUCUUUAAAAGAAACCAAGUCUGCGUCACAGACAUACACAUAACUAGAUUGUCGUAAGACCAUGUUUUAUGGCCAUGCUUGCAAGGAUGUUUUCUUGUUCAACGUGUGUGGCGAGCACUAAUAACAAAGCAGAUAACAGUGGAUGCAGAAAAGUGUUGCAGUUCCCUUUGUCUUCCCCGUGAUGCCGGACAUCUGGAUACGAGAAUAAGAAACUGCCAGCGGGAAACAAGAACUUGAUCAGAACAGAGAGAAAAAGAGAAUCUUGAUCAAAGUAAAUAGGACCGACACGUCGAGGAGGAACUGAAAGCCCAAACCUUUGUUUAUAAUAACGUUUGCAACUGAAUGAUUUUGUACAAUAGCCAGUCAAGACGAGCCAGUAGAGAACGAAUGUGGAGGGUGAUAUUCCUACUGGCCGGUGCUGUUCUCCUUUAGCCGGAAAUCUGGGAUCUGAUUUCUUUUAAAAGGGAUAUUUCAAACACAUUAUUGAAUAGUCUUACAUUUACCUUUUAGAAUUAGCUUCUUCUUUUUUUUUUAAGGAAAAUAUCUGAUCAAGCUCAACAUUUCAAAGAGCUGUACAACAGCAGAACGCUCUGUUAUGAACUAAAACCAACAAAACUGGUGGCAUCGAACAUGGCAGAACUGUUUGAGACCCGACAGACAGGUGUGUGAACUGGUUUUCAUACUCUAUGGUGCUAAAACUGUCACUUCUUCAAGAUUCAGGACAGAACUCAUGAAUUGUGUGACCUAUGUACAGUAUUGUGUGUUUUAUUUAUUGACUUUACAAUACAGUAUUGCUGGAAGCCUGUAUUAAUAAGCAGUAUAAAUGUAUCCUUUUUAUAAAACCUUAACCCCAAUACCUGAAUAUUUCAUUUCAUGCUUCAUUAAAUGCCGGCAAACCCCCACAUUUCCAUGCAAAACUCCUGUGUUUGUUUUGACAAACAAAGAAAAAGGAAAACAGCUGUAAAAUCGAGUUAUUAAAACAACAAACUUUGUGAGCAUUUUGUAAAUGAGGCAAGGCUCCAUAUUGUAUUAUUCUACAGUAUUAUACAUGACAGUCAUGUAUUGCAUGCGUUGGAAUGUCACAAAAAUGAAUUGCAUGUCAACAAAUGUCAAAUAUCAUCUUUCAGGGGUUAUAAACGUUUAAACUGAAAGGAUUCAGACAUAA